GUUGCAGAGCAAGACUCCACCCGAUCGAUUGCCAUGUCGACGGGCCCUGUCCGAGUGACUUCCCGGCCGGCACACGCGACUUCGCGCCCGGUGCACGACCGACGAGCCGGUGCGGCGCACACCAAGUUUCUGCCGUUGGUCCUGGGGGCGACAGGCGUGGUCUUCGGGGACAUCGGUACCUCGCCACUCUACACCUUCAACAGCAUCUUUACAGAGCUGCAUGCAAUCCCUAGUCCGGCGGACGUGCAGCAAGCCUUCUCAGUGAUGUUUUGGACGCUGGUGUGGAUGAUAUGUGUCAAGUAUGUUGGCAUCGUUAUGCGGGUCAGCCAUCAUGGUGAAGGAGGAACCUUUGCCAUGAUGAAGGUGAUCUUGGAAAGCUUGCAGCGUGGAGAGGGGCGGCUUCUCGACUCGGAGUCUGAGACCACUUCCGAUGAGGAGAUUGCAGGCAUUCGCCGGGAGUCCCAUCCUUGGCAAGAGAGAUUAGUUCUGCUGCUGGGCAUGUUGAGCUGCUCCAUGCUGGUGGGCGAUGGGGUCAUCACGCCCCCCAACUCCGUGCUUGGGGCAUUGAACAGUCCAUGUCUUCAAGUUUCUGAAGGCUGGAACAUCUGCAUUGCCGUGCUGAUCCAGAUGGGGGUCUUUGGUCUACAACGCGCGGGCAGUCGUGUCAUCGGAUAUCUCGCAGGGCCGAUUAUGGUCCUUUGGUUCCUGACGAUUGCUGGUCUGGGCAUCUACCAGAUGAGUCUGAACCCUGAGAUGACCCGGUACAUAGCGCGCGGCUUUAACCCCACCAAGGUGUACCACUUCUUCGUGCUGGGGGAGUUCCGUGGGUACCAGGCCUUCCGCUCCAUCGCUGGGGUGGUGCUCUGCGUCACCGGGGCGGAGGCCCUCUAUGCGGACAUGGGGCACUUCGGCGCAGGUGCAAUCACGACUGCCUGGUUCUGCCUGGUCUUUCCCUGCCUCACUCUGCAGUACAUGGGCCAGGCGGUCAUUUUGGCCCAGCAGCCGCAGCUGAUCAAUGCCAACCCCUUGUACAGCACAGCUCCAGAACCCCUGCUGUGGCCUGUGUUCAUUCUGGCAGCUUUGGCGGCUGUUAUCGCAUCACAGGCAUUGAUCUCAGGAGUCUUCACCAUCAUGUCCCAAGCUCAUGCGCUGGGGCUGAUGCCACGAAUGCUGGUGCUGCAUACCAAUCCGGAUGAGAAGGGACAGGUGUAUAUCCCGGAGAUCAACUGGAUGAUGAUGAUCGCCUGUUGUGUGAUCACCGUCACCUUUAAGACCUCCGACAACUUGGUGGCGGCAUACGGCAUCUCGGUGACGGGAGCCUUCAUCUUCACCACUCUUUUGCUUCGCUGGGUGCUCCGGGAAGUCUGGCAGAACCGCUUUUUCGUGACCUGCCUGGUUCUGGUGCCCAUGCUUGCGGUAGACCUGGUCUUUUGGACGGCCAACUUGCUCAAGAUCUUUGAUUCUGGCUGGGUCCCACUGGCCCUGUCCGGCAUCCUUUUCUUGCUGAUGCACUCACAUUACUGGGGCAGAAAUCGCGAAAUUGCACAUCAAGAAGAAGAGGAGAAGGAAGAGUUGGCUCGCUUGGACGUUGUCCCAUUGCAGGUCCUAUUAGGCGGACUACCUGGCAGCGACGAUCCUUUAGCAGGGCGCAUCUGCACGCUGCCGGGCCUGCAGCGUGCGCUGGCAGUUCUGGGCCUGGCGCGGUCCAAGGGCACCGGGGUCUUCUUGACACCCAAGGAGGGUCGGGUGCCUAGGAGCCUCAUCACCCUCGCCAAAGAGCUGGGCACUGUACCAAGGACGGUGGUGUUGCUGCACAUUGCCUACUCAGAAGAGCCCUUUGUCGUUGAGGAGGAGCGGAUGCGGUUGACCGCCGUCGACCCCAAGCUAGGCCUUUGGACGGCUACCCUCACCUUUGGCUACGCUGAACCCCUGACGCCGGCACGUUUCGACAUUCACGAGAAGCUCUUGACUUUGCCGCAGGCGUUGCCACUGGGCCUUCCGGAAGUGAGGAAUCCCCGGCGCGCCGUCACGGAGCCCUUCAAGCAAGCCUCCCGCUUCGACGACGAAGGCAACCUCGAUGCAGAUGAUGUGGACCGCUUCUGUUCCGCGCAUAUCACCUACGUUAUCAACCGCAAGCACUUCGUGUCAAAGUCCCAUGGCUGCGAUGAUGUCUAUGUGGCCAUCUUCUCAGCACUGAACCGCAACUGCCGGUCUCCAGUGGACUUCUUCGGUCUCACCGGUCAGUCCGUCUUGGAGGUGUCGAGUGUGGCAUUGCUCUGAGAAUGACGCGGUUCAUUCAGGGCGGUUGCUUUGUUUAUCUUCA